AUGUGGAACGCUGGAGGCCUCACCACCGCUCGAUUGGCUGAGGUUACCACAUGGCUUCGCCUUACCAACGAGCGAGGGCCCCCAAUCCAGGUCUGCAUUCUUGUGGAGACUCAUUGGGAGUUCCAGUCUGAGUGGGCCACAGAAGAAUAUCAUGCACUCCACUCGGGAUUGAACCGCAAACAAGCCGGAAUAUUAGUCCUCCUCCACAAAUCUUUUAUUAGCAGCCAGGCGAUCAGAUCGGCUUCCAUUCUCCCUGGACGGCUUUUCCAGAUCAAGCUUGACACAGAGCCUGCGAUCCACUUGAUAGCUGUGUAUCAGACGGUCUGGGCUGAUGGUGCCAAACAAGAAGCAUGCAUGGCCCAGCGUGAAACACUAUGGACCAAACUAGCAUCCACCAUCCGCAGUGAGGUUACCUAUGCCCUCCGAAGCGACCCGUCCCUAGCAGAAAGAUUCCAGGCCUCCGUUCAGGCCCUCUACAAGCCUCCGACCUCGGGUGACCCGGCGUCCUACCUGGACUCCGUGCUUCGACAGGCCUGGCAGGAGGUUCGACCGCUCUCAGCCCCUCCGAAAGCAAAGGCUGAGCACUCCUCGGUAGGACUAGUUCGGCAACUCUGGACUCUGCGAGCCCAACUCAAACAAGCCAGAGCACAGACCCUACUCGGCAAAUGGCUGCUGGUAGCUCGACUCUCCCGCACCCAACGACUCCUCAGGAAAGCUUGUCAAGCCAAAAAGCGGGAAAGAGUGGAAGCACUGCUCUUGGAGGCAGAGCGUUCCUCGCAUCCCUCUACCAUCUUCGGGGUGGUCCGACAGCUGGCACCAAAGGCCCGUACAAUGCGAGUCCAACUUCGGGACAAAACGGGUCGCCUCCUCUCCGGAUCAGAGGAAUCAGAGCAUAUUGCGGCAUUUCUUCGACAGGUCUUCCACAGUGAGCACAAACACCAACCUCCUGCCCCUCAUCCGAUAGAUGGAAUGCACUUCACGCAGGCAGAUCUACGCAGCGCUUUGGACCGCAUGGCUGCUGGGAAAGCACUCCCACAAGCCUUCGCCCCAGCCAGGCUAUGGAAACUUGCCCCAGAUCAGGUACUGAGUGCCCUGUUGCCCUCCAUGAACCUGCAGUCGUCUGCACUUGACCCGGCAUGGCACAAGGUCCAACUUUAUAUGAUCCCCAAAGUGCCCAUAGUUCGCGAACCCAAAGCCCUCCGCCCUAUUGCCCUGUUGCACCCUGCCAACAAACUAUUGGCCACCAUGAUAGCUGAUCAAGUACAACCCAAGAUAGCAGCCUAUCUCUCCUCAGUCCCACAGUGGGCGUACCUCCCGGGACGCUCCACAGCCGAUGCACUGGAAUCAGUCUGUUCCCAUCUGCACAGUGUGAGAUCUCUCAUCCAGGCCAAUGCACAAACCCUGCCGCAGCGCUUUCAAGGCGGGACCCCGCAGAAGCUGAUAGGAGGGAUAUCCAUAAGCCUUGAUGUCCGCAAAGCCUUCGACAGCCUGUCGCACUCUUUUCUGGAAGAGGCAAUGCGUGAAGCACAGUUCAGCGAACCUGAAAUUUCUCUCAUUCUGCAUUUGCACUCGCACGCCCACCUCCAAGUGGGCAGGGUCUAUCGGCUCUAUGUGGCAGCGCUGAGAGCUGACUCUCUACCAGAAGGCCUGACCAACAUGUUUGCAGAUGACUUCUUUGGAAGCUGGACAUACAAGAGCCCAGAAGCCUUUCGAGAAUCAAUUCGAGCCAUAGGCACCCUGAUUCGCAUACUGCAGCAGGUCGGUCUCGAAUUGAGCCUUGAAAAGACCAUUCUGCUGCUAGCAUCCACUGGCACAAGUGCAGCCUCCGUCAUCGGAGGUUACCGGACCUACAAGAACAAUGAGACCUUUCUCCAUAUCCCCGUAGGCCAGUCUCGAGUGCAAAUCAAGGUGGUACAUGCACACACAUACUUAGGGGCUCGCCUCUCCUACCAGGGCUUUGAGAAUCAAAAUCUCAAGCAUCGCCUAGCCACAGCCUGGGGCAGCUUCUGGUGGGCUCUGAGCCCAACAAUGGACCGGGCACGUCUCACGUCGGCCUACGAUGUGCCAGUGACCGUCGAGCCCACGCUUUCAGAGUUUUGCAGUGCCCACACUGUCACCUGCAGUUCGAGCCUCUGUGUUUGCCGACAUUGUGACAGAGAGUGUGCCAGAUGGGAUGAUCUCAAGAUUCACAUCUUCACGAGCCCCAUGGACCUCGAGGGAGUGUCGAAGGAAGACCUGGAGGAGGCAGCGGCCCAACUGGCAUUCCUACAGACCUCAGCACUACAGGGCAGGCGACUGGUAGAGCCACUCCACUCAAGCACCCUCCUGUUCCCGGCCCCGUCUCAGAACUUGAGCCUCCCGGCCAACUCCAUUCCUCCGACCUCGGAGGUUCCACUGCGGAGCCCUCACAUGGGCCCCAACCUAGCCACACCUGCUCCAGCACUCCACCCGGCAGUCCAAGAGGAGGAACCGCCGAGCAAGUUUGUCCGACCCAACGACAAGGGCCAGGGUCAGGGUCCGACAGGGGCAACAGGCCACUCGGCGCCAGUUCCCCUCACGAGCCGCACCGUCGACUGCAGCUCCCUCGGCUCUCUCCCCAACCCCCAGCGGCAGGCGGAUGCCUUGAAUGCCAUAGAGCAAUCGACCACAUGGAUCUUGUUUCAAGGAACGGCCCCGCCACUCACAGUGGUAGAUGCGCAGGCGGUGAUAGCAGCAGAGUGGAACCAGCUCAAGGACACCAACCCAGCUCAGGUGACUCAGCCAUUGAGGGUAGUGCUAUGGCAGACCUGGGCCUCGGAACUGAUCAAGCGGAUGCAGCUCUUGACGACCAGCCAGGAAAGCAGGCAAGAGGCUCUGAGGCUGCAAAUCCUCACGGAACCGGACUGCUUCAAGUUUGUGAAGUGGAACUCGGCUCAUCGCCGACUGGACCCAGUGGACACGAUUGCCCCACUGACCUUGAAGGAGAUAGUGGACAUGCUUCAAGAGACCAUCGUACUUUGUCGAGACGACGGUGUUCUCAUCAAUUAUCAUCCGCUUCGCAGGUUGACCCCUCAUAUGACAGGCUCGGCAGUAACGUUCUCCCUCAGCUUAGGACUUCGCGAAGCACGGGCUUACCGCUUUUGGACCAUACUGGAAGCUCUAGCUGGAAACGCCUGUUUGCAGCUCGUGGCGACGACAAUCCGUCCCGCUGAAGUGUUCGCUGUGCCUUCUCUUCAGGAGGACCUGGAGAUUGCACCACUGGCCAGAUACGGGCCGACAGCAAGACGCCGCGGAGUUUCUUACCUUCUUUGCCCAGGCCAGCAGACCAGUUGCCUUGCAGGGCUCUGGAGGCUGCCACUCCAGCUGGCGCUAUCUCAUGCGGUGCGCCGCUUGAUCGUCUUCGUAGUCGCUCGCUUGAUCGUCUUCUUAGUUCAAGCAGACUUUAUCUCAUGCUGUUCAAUGGCGCCACGUUGGGAGGACGCUGUGGAAGAGGUUGCAGCUGAAGCUGGAACUGGCUUCGAGGCUGCCUAUGUCUUUGUUAGCGAACUGUACGUCGAUCAGGCUCAGGGCAUGGCACCUGUGCUGGAAGCAGUCCAACAAAGGCUGGACGUGGAACAUGUAGUCGGCGGUGCAUGUGCAGGCGCCAUUGGCCAAACAACAGGUGAGAUGUCUUCUGAAUAUGCUGGAGGCCAUCGGCAACCCUGCGAGGUUGAGGCUGGCUUUGUGCUAUCUGUUGCGGUGGUCCGAAGUGCUGGUGCGGUGCCUUUUUUCCUUGGAGCAAACGCUGAAGGAGACCUGGCACUCUUGAAUCGUAUGGCAGCCAGUGGAGAGGUUCGCUCCAUGAUUCUGCUUGCGGAUCCGUUUGGACCGAUUCCGGACAUCAUGCAAAGCUUGGACGAAAGUUUUCCCAAGGUCCCCAAAGCGGGCGGCAUCACCGCUGCGCUGCAGGUGGGGUCGGACGGGCGGUCCUCCUUCAUGCCGUCGAUGGCCAUCUGCUCCAAAGGCAAUAAAGCCCGGCUCUUGAGCAAGGGAGUCUGUGGGCUUCUGCUCACCGAGAUGGAUGUUCACACCGUGGUGUGUCAGGGAUGCUUGGGAGUAGGCCCUGCAGUUCGGAUAAGCAAUGUUUCGCCUUCUGGUGACGUUUGCAUCGGCAUCGGAGGAAGGCCAGCCAAAGAGGCUCUCCUUCUGAUCUUCAGCGCUGUGAAUGAGGAGCUUCGAGCUAAGAUGCAGACAAACUUAGUCGUGGGCUUGGGCCGUCAGGGCGAGAGCGAAACCUCAGUUGAUGAUGGAGACUGGCUCAUCCGUGGCAUCGCGGAGGUGACCCCCAACGGAAGCUUCAGGCUGGGGCCUGGAAUUGCUGAGGGCCAACCCCUUCGCUUCCACGUUCGGGACAAAGACUCAGCUGAAAGCGACCUGAAGCUGAUGCUGAAGCGAUAUCGGUUAGAGCGGACCUUCAGUGGUAGCAAGGAGCCCAUCGGUUCCCUGCUCUUUACCUGCAACGGACGGGGCAAGGGACUCUAUGGGCGACAGCACGUCGAUGCACGAGCGCUCGAAGAAGCUUUGGGAGAGGAGCUGGGGCGGCGGGUGAGUGGCUUCUUCUGCAAUGGGGAGAUUGGCUCGCCGGGAUUGGUGCUCCCAGCAGCAGAGUUGGGCGAACGUCCCGAGGUAAGAAAGACGGCACUGCAUGGCUUCACCGCUGUGUUUGCGAUUCUUGUGCCAAGCAGCUCAAAGUCCUGA